AUGUGGCCGGUGAGCGGCGUGAAGCCAUCGCGCAGCGACGAGGUGCUGCCGCCGGAGCAGCAGGCAGCGGCCACGGCCAAGGUGGAGCAGUACUUCCAGUCGCAGGCGCCACGGCGCGCGCCCAAGCCCAGUCGCAGCGAGGCGGGCGAGGGCGGGGGCGUGUUCGGCGCGGACGAUGCCGUGGCGGUGGACCUGCCCGAGAGGCGCGCGCUGGCGCACCUCGUGGCGCACGGGGAGGAGGUGUGUCCCAGUGGCACGCCAGAGGUGCACGACCCUGAGCACCACCCCGCCACCUCCUACUACCAACACCUGCACUACGAUGGCCCACACUGCCCGACGGGGAAGGGGUUUAUAGGGCUGGACACCAAGCCAGAGGUGCCAGUGCAUGUGGUGGAGCAUCAUGCAGUGCCUGCACCUCUCUUCAACCACAACUCUCACACCAACCCUGCCAGGGAUGACUGGACUGCCGAAUAG